AGCCUGAGUGGAUUAGGUGUGAGUAAUAGGUGGACCGGGCUGCGCUGAGAGCUUCUUUGUAUUGUCUGAGGUAGUCAGCUGGCGUUUGUGGGAUUUCAUUUUAUGGAGUUUGAGAGUGUAUCAGGGUGCAAAGUGUGUGAAUGAGAGAGUUUUAGUUUUAAGUUUAGCCAGUUGAUCUAGACAGAAGGAGAGUGUGUUGUUAUAUGCUGCUCAGAGUCAAACCACACUGGAGUCCCUGCAGUGCCACUUCACCUGGAACCUGGACCGCAGCAGGCCGAAACUUUUACGUCUCACAGACAAGAUGGAGGACUUCAGCACAAAGAAGGGAAAUCGAUGGCUGGGCCACAUUUACAACAUGUGGGGGUUCAUUCAGUAUAAGCUGGGGUUAAAUGAAGAGGCUAAGAGUUUGUUCCAGAAGGCUGCAGAGACCCUCAACAAGCUGAGAGAUGCAGAUGAGGGUCCUUGGUUAGUGGUGAACUACGGGAACCUGGCCUGGCUGCACCACCACCUGGGAGAUCAAGAGGAGAGUCAGGCUUACCUGUCAAAGGUUGAUGCCCUGAUGGAAAAAUACCCAUCUUCAUCCCAGGACGACCUCCAUGCAGAGAUCUACGCUGAAAAGGCCUGGACCCUGAUGUUCUUCGGAGAGGACAUGAAUCUGGUUGUUGAUUACUACGAGAAAGCUGCCAGGAUGCAGCCGGACAUGGUGGAUUGGAACACCAGCUAUGUCAUAUGGUUAAAGAACGCCCAAAACUUCAGUGACCCAAGGCUGGACCCUGACCUGUUGGAGAAAAUGAGACAAGCCAAGGAACGGGAUCCAGAGAACUUGUACCUCGUUGCGCUCUACCUUGAACAACGGGCUAAUGAAGGAGAAAACAUUCGGGAUGAAGUCCGUGAGUUGGCUGGAAAUGUGAGCACUCUGUGCUGCAGUGGCAGUGGCAUGUGGACCUUACUAAACCUUUACACAGACCACAUAUCAGUUGAUGACGCCAUUGUUUUGGCAGAGAAAGUUCAGAAAGAAGAUCCAGAUGUGCGUUAUCUGAAGAGAUUUGUUGCACUCUGCUACAGAUGGAGGAUCGUUUAUAAAAGCAGUAGUUCCCCAGAACAAAGCAUGAUGGACAAAGCAAUCGCUCUCCACGAGGAGCUGAUCUCUCUUUACCCUCACUCUUCACUCAAAAAGGAAAUAGACCUCGCAACUAUCUAUGCAAAGUCACGUCACAGCAAGGCCAAAGCUGAGCAGAUAUUUCAGAAACUGCUCAAAAAUGAACCAGCAGAACCUGAAGACAAACAGAUGCUUUACAACAUAUAUGCAAGGCAUUUAUACUUUAAUCAAAAUGACUCCCACGGGUCGACACAGUAUCACAUGAAGGCAGCAGCAAUACCAGAAAUAUCUUCCUUCCGUAAGAACAGCAUCAGAAUCCUGGAGAAGAAUAAAGACAGAGAAAUAAAAGAGUUUCUCAGAAACCUGCAAGAGCCAAUGCAGUAAAGAUAGGGAGGCAAAUUUAGGGGGAACAAUUAUGUCCAAGCAAAAAAAAAAAAACAA